AUGGGCACCAUGCAAGAGCGGCUGGCCCCACAGCAGCCUCCUUGUCUUCUCGCCAUCGCCAUCGCCGUCAGCAUCAUCAUCAUUCUCAGUCUCACCAUCGCCACCACCACAACCAUUCCACAGACUCCCGGCAAGUUGAGCAGUCUGAUGCUUACAACAGCGCCUGGCAAAAAAAAGGCAAAAGCAACACCCGGCCGCCUCCAGUUCGUCUCAUGUGCACACUCUUACAUGGCACCACUUGACUCCACCUCUUCGACUCCACUGAACAAAAUGAAACCCGGUUCUUCUGGCAAAUCUCUUUGUCCUCAUUUCACUCGACUCCUUGACUGGCCACCCAUAAUGCAGGACAAGACCAAAACCGAGACCUGCAGUCAACCGGAAGGGAGACAAGCGAUGUGA